AUUGUUUUAUAUUAGCUGAUAAGCUGCUUUAUCAGAUUCGAUUUACCCACGUUCGUCCGUCUGUUAAAUAAAGUUUAUUUUAAUUUAAUAAGAAUUAUACUUCAAAUUAAGAAGAAUGAAUAAUUUGCAAACCUGUUACAGGGUAUCAAUAAGUCGGUUCGCCUGACUAAAAACUUUUUUACUAUUGUCCACGUGCGCAAUCAAUGAGCAAAACAGUUAAUUCUAAAAUAAUUCGGUCAUAGGUUUGAGUAACAUACACUCUAGUGAUUUUAAGUGAUUUUAAAAAUUUAAAGUACUACAUUUAAAUGAAUGCAUUAAAUUUCAGUAGUGAUGAUUGACCAAGAUUUAGUUGGCGAACAAAAUAUUCCAAGUUGUUCAAACGGUCGGAACUCACAAAUAAGUCACAAUAUUAUGAGAUAUGACAUUUUAAGUGAAAGUUCAAGUACACCAGAUUCGUUUAUAAAUGAAGAAUUGGUUGGUGUCAAUAAGAUUCUCUUUAGUGAGAAAUUUUUCAAAAUUGUGGAGACGGUGUGUUUAAAAAGAUGCAAAAUAGCACUAUUUUAUUUGUUAUAUAUGUUUUUAUUUAAAGCUUCUCAAUUUCAUUAAAAUGCAGAUGAACGAAACUCCUCAUCAAAGAAGAAUGUAUGGCUUAAUUGGUGGUUGUCAAUUGUGCGGAAAAAAUUAAAGGUUCGCUUCGUAUUAGUUCCAAUUUUAUCAAGCAUUUGAAAAAGGAACACCCACAAAAAUUUUGCGAGUUCAAGUCAAUCAAAGAUGAAAGAAGGCAGAGCAUAAGCCGCAAAAGCUCUUUUAACCAUGACAUUUUGGAUUUCAUUUGCAACACAACGUCUCCCUUGUCCACAGUCAGUAACCAAAGUUUUAAAAAACUAUUUCCUGGUAAAAGUCUUCCGAGCCGCCGUUCAAUUACCAGGUUACUUUUCGAGAGCCACACUAAAUAUGUUCAAAAUCUGGUCAUUGAGCUGAAUAACGUUGAAUACGUGUGCGUAACUGCAGAUGUAUGGUCAGGUGGAAAAAAAUCAUUUUUUGGUUACACUUGCCACUGGUUAGCUUCUAACAGUUUUGAGCGGACGUCUGUAGCACUGGCUUGUCGAAGGUUUAAAGGAACUCAUUCGUUUGAUCGUGUGACGAAAAUGAUAUGCGACAUAAAUAAGCAAUAUAAAUUACCCGUGGAAAAAAUUGUUUAUACGAUUACUGACAAUGGAUCUAACUUCGUUAAGGCAUUUAAAGAAUUUGGAGUUGAAUUAAGACCUAUAAAAGAAUGUGACAGUGAUGACGGAUCUGACUCUGAUUCCGAUUCAAAUGACUCGAUAAUUGCUUUAGGUCCUCAAUUUCGAUCUGUAACUCCACGUCUGUCAAAACACUUUCCUUGUGCGAGCCACACUCUAAAUCUUUUGGCUUCAACCGAUUUCAACAAAAUUUUGAAUUCAUCAAGUCAGGAUAUUAAAGAUAUUCACAAAAGAUCUUUCCAAAGAUGCACACAGCUUUGGAAUAAAUGCAAUAGACCAAAAUCUGCAGAAGUAGUUAAUGAAGUUAUAAACGCGAGUUUAAUAACUCCAUGCAUAACAAGGUGGAACUCUCUUUAUGAUUCCGUUACGAAGUUGCUGCAACACAAAACCAAUUUAGCAGAAUUGUGUUACCGUUUAAAAAUUCCUACCAUUCUCAGCGAAGAAGUUGAGUACUUAGAGGAGUACGCAAAGCUUAUGAGGCCUAUUGCAGAAGCGAUCGACUUCCUUCAGGGCGAAAAGACCAUGUAUUUUGGUUACUUCAUCCCCACUAUAGUGACUUUGAGAAUAAAACUACGUCGUUUGGAGCCUGCAAGCUUUAAGUAUUUAUCCGAAAUAAGCGAAAAAAUGCAAAUAGCUUUGCUUAAAAGAUUUGAAAAGUACUUCCUGAUUCAGUCUGACGCUUGGGACGCUGUUAUUGCCGCUAUUUCUGUCCCUGACAUUAAAUUGCGAUUUUUAAAAGCCCUUUUAGAAACAGCAACGACGCAAACAGAAGAAGAAGUAAAAAAAAUGUUCAACACUUAUGUGGUGAAGUAUGGAAAGAUAGCAGAUGACGCAACACGUGUUCCGCCUCAAACUACUCAAAAAACCUUCCUUGAUUUCGGGGAAGAAAAUAUAAGCAUACAGAGUGGUUCCACUGACUCAGGCAAUUAUCUUCAGGAAACGCUUUUAUACCUGGUGGAACGAGACGCCACAACAAGUUGUUUAAAUAAACAUCAGGCUAUUAAAAACGUUUUUCUUAAAUAUAAUACUCCAUUACCGCCAUCUGCACCUGUAGAACGGUUGUUUUCGUUCGCUGGUAUUGUUAACCGGUCUAGAAGGCAAAAACUCAGCGAUGCAAAUUUCGAAAUGCUUGUUUUAAGAAAAGCUAAUGGCGGAUAACAAGUUGAAAUAAAUGUUUCAAUGAAAACAAAAAUAUUCGAAUUUUCUUUAAUUAUUCAUUGACCUAGUGGUUGGCUUUUGAUUUUUAACUACCAGUAACUAUUUUCAGUAAACAGUAAAUAUUUUGCUGGUUUUGCAAAUCAAAUGAUAUUAUCAGUAUUUUUACUGCAAUUCCUUUCAGUAAGCUGUAAAAAAAUAUUUUUACUACAAAUUUUUCCAGUAAC